AUGGUUGACAAACUUUAUGUAGCCUACAGCUAUCCAUGGUUCAACAAAGUCGGAAACUCACACUCAUUUGUAUUGAGUGAGGAAGGUGAAGGUAACAGAGGUGAAGGAAUAAGAGACCCUGUUCCUGUCGAAAGUUGGACUGGUGUCAAGAAUGGAUCGGUAAUUCCUCCACCAUGCCCUCAAAUACCAUUUAUUGCAGCUACAUUGAGGACUCCAAGAUAUAUUGGAAAUGAAGACUGUUUAUAUUUAAGCAUAUUUACCAACAAGCCAAACGAAGAAGCCGCUGCCUUACCAGUGAUGGUUUUUAUUCACGGGGGAGCCUUUUUUUCUGGCGGUAUCGACCGAUAUUCCCCAUACGUUCUCAUGAAUGAAGACAUUGUAUUCGUUCUUAUUCAGUAUAGGCUUGGAAUUCUAGGUUUUCUGUCCACCGAAGAUGACGUCAUCCCAGGGAACUUUGGUAUGAAGGACCAAGUGUUAGCUCUGCAGUGGAUACAAGAGAAUAUUCAUCAUUUUGGUGGCGAUAAAACUCGUGUCACUAUAUUUGGAGAAAGCGCUGGUGGGGCUUCUGUCCAUUUUCAUGUUCUUUCGCCUUAUUCCAAAGGGCUUUUUUCAACGGGUAUUAUGCAGUCGGGAACAUUAUUUAGCCCUUGGGCUAUGGGGGGUGCCUUUAGAGAAGUGGCCACGUACACUGGAAAACGGUUCAAUUGUUAUGGCAUGAGCGCGCCCAGUGACCAGUCCAGCGAAUCUCUUCUUUCUUGUCUUCAAAGGGUUGAUGUUGUUAAUCUCACUCUCAGCCUUCAGGAUCACAUUCACUGGAACUUCAAUCCUGUCCUUAUGGGUCCAAGAGUGGACGGGGAUUAUUUACCAGAAGAACCAGAAAUCCUGGUGAAGGAAGGCCGGUACAACAAAGUCAACCUUAUUUCAGGUGUUACGUCCCACGAAGGAGCCCUCUUUGUCUUUCCAUUAUUUUCGAAUGAGGCUCUCAGAUAUGACCUGUUGAAUAACUUCAAGGAAAUGGGACCGGCCUCACUCGAUAUCAGAGAUGGAGAUGUAUCACCUGCGGAGCUAGCUCAGCGAAUUUUUGAUUAUUAUGUUGGUGGUGUAAAAGUCAGUCCUGAAGACGCUGAUAAUCUCUGUAAAAUGUAUAGUGACUGGCAAUUUUCAUUAGGACAUGAUUUAGUUGCCAAGUUCCACAUCAAAAGUUCCCCUGAAGUUCCGAUUUAUCUGUACGAGUUAAACCACAGAGGACAGCGAUCCCUCGGUGAUUACUACACAGCAGGUGUUGGCGAGACAUGGGUUAGUCAUGUAGAUGACUUAUUCUACCAAUUUACCGGGGGUGACACCAUAUGGAAGCCUCUUGAGAGAGAAGAGGAUCUGAAGUUAAGGGACAUUAUGACAAAACUUUGGUAUAACUUUGGUGCGACAGGAAAUCCAGCACCAGACGAUUCACUGGGAUUUACUUGGGAACCUGCAAGUGAGGCUAAGUUUGAUCAUCUCUCUCUUACCCCAUCACCCUUCAUGGAGGAGGAUAGGAGACGGGAGGUACGGAAAUUCCUAGAGAGUCUGCCAACAAAACUGAAUUAUAUCUUGCACCCAGAAUCUGUUUCAACAGAGCAACUCCAAACGUUGAGGGAAGAAAAUACUGGAGCGGCAAAUAUCAAGAGUCCAAGGAAAUAUAUAGCAAAAGAUGAGCUGUAGCAGUCAAAAAGUGUAACAGUGGAAAUGCUACCCACCAACUAAUAAAAGAGUAAAGCUAAAGA